AUGGCCUCAAGCAAGCCCCUCGUGCGUGGUUUCAUCAAAUGUCUUGCUUCUUAUUGGCUGCUGGUUUUGUUCAGAGUGUGUAUGAUUCUUCUCUGUUCAUUUAUCGCCUUGGUCACCAUACUAUUUUUUUUCCUACUAUAUGUUGAUGACAUUGUGGUUACCGGCAGUGAUGAUGGCCUCUUACAGAGUUUUAUUGAUGCCUUGGGUCGUGGUUUUGACAUCAAAGACCUUGGGUCUCUUCAUUACUUCCUUGGUUUACAAGUCACACCGCAGGAUAAAGGCAUUCAUAUUAGUCAACUGAAGUAUACAUAUGAUCUCCUUGUGAAGCACGACAUGCUACUUAGUAAGCCAGUUAGCACCCCCAUGUCAUCCAAAGCAGUUCUCACUGCCACAGAAGGGGACUUCCUCUCCAAUCCCUCCACCUUUCGGGAAAUUGUUGGUUCAUUGCAGUACUUGACCAUUACACGUCCUGACAUUGCAUUUGCAGUCAACUCAAUUUCUCAGUUCAUGAGUCAGCCCCGCACUCCUCAUUUGAUUGCUGCAAAACGUAUACUACGCUAUAUCAAAGCCACACUUGAUCAUGUCUUGUUCUUUGGUCCUCAACAUCAACCCACUUUUCUUGCUGCCUAUGCUGAUGCGGAUUGGGCUGGCUGUCCAGAUUCUCACCGGUCCACAUCCGGAUAUCUAGUCUACCUUGGCACCAACUUGGUCUCUUGGUGCUCUAAGAAGCAGCCUACCAUUGCUCGAUCCAGUGCCGAGUCGGUGUAUCGCUCAUUGUCUCAUGCUAGUGCUGAGUCGACUUGGUUAGCAUUCUUACUCUAUGAACUCGGCGCUAACAUUCAGUAUCCUAUUCACUUGUAUUGUGAUAAUCUCAGUGCUACAUAUGUGGCCUCUAAUCCAGUGUUUCAUGCUCGCACUAAACACAUUGAACUUGAUUAUCACUUUGUUCGUGAGAAGGUCGCCCUUGGUAGUCAUCGAGUCUGUUUCGUUCCCUCUGUUGACCAACCAGCAGAUCUUCUGACCAAGCCUCUUCAUAAGCAUCGUCAUGUCUUGCUUACUUGCAGACUUGUCCGUCAAGGACCGCCAAGUUUGAGGGAGGGUGUUAGAGAGAUUCCCUCUCCACAAUCAAAACUGAUUGAGUGA